GGAAUAUAUAAAAACAAUCAAUAUAAUCACGCGCCCUAAGCCCAGCAACAAAUCUGUGUCAAUUAUUGGUCCGUUGAUGCCAAAAGAACGUCUAGCAGUGCACCACAACCCCACGCCACACAACAGAAAACAAUACUUUUCAGCGCCCGCAGUUAUUUAUCACAAGACGCCAACAUCAGUCAUCGGACACACGACGGCACACGGACAGCAAACAGAAACGGCUGCCAAGCCAAUCGAAGGCUUAGCACAUACAUAGCUACAUACAUACGUGGACGCUGUGUCUCUUGACUAUUGAAACCGAAUUUUGACUCGUAACCGACUCUUCCAGCCAACUGUGCACACAAAAGACGCGCAAGUCGAAAGUACAUACUGCACGAUGGAUGUAUCAACCUCCAACUCCACAUCUUUUGAGUCCUCCAAUGCAACGAUGGAUAAUAGCAGCUCAGACACGGGCGACACCACCCUGUACGGCAGUGCGCUGGACAACCUAUCCGCAACGGCUUACAACUCCUGUAAUGAGAGUCUGAUUAGCGAGAUUAGCCACAGCUCGACGCCUACGAAUGGCGCUAUCAAAGCGGUCAGCGCGGAUCUUAGUAGCGAAGCAGCAGCCUUCAAGGCCGCUACCCAAGCGCCUUCAGCAUUCACCGCGCCCACCCCAGCUCUAAAUGCCAGCAUGCUGCUCAUCCAGUCCGAGAGCACCGACACGAACACUUCGCAGGAGGAGGUGGAUCCAAAAUCGCAGCUGGCCAACAAGACAAUAUUCAAGACAGAUAAUCCCAAUUUGUCAAUUAUAGAGAUAAACGAUAACUCGAUUAAAGCGGAGGACCUCGAGAAGGAGGUCGUGCUGAUUGAGGGGGACAACGUUAAGCCCAUACUGAAGAAGUCCCCCAGCAAAGGACCGGCGGCCUCGGACCCAGCCUCGACCACAGACAAGCGACGCCGUAAGACAGAGUCAUUGCUGCAAACGAGCAAGCAGAAGCUGGACAUCUCCAUAGCCGAGGCCUCGGCAGCGGCCGAUGGAGACAAUGACAACCGGGAGGUGGUUGUUGCCUCCAGCCACGAUCAGCCACUGACAAAACGCGACAUAAAAAUCUAUGAUACUCUUGAGGAGUUUGACCAAAAUCUUCCGUCGACGGUGACGCUGUUGAACACACCGUUUGGUAGCAAGGUCUAUCUCGUCGGAACGGCGCAUUUCAGCGAAGAGUCACAGGAUGACGUCUCUUUUGUUAUACGCAAUGUCCGUCCAGAUGUGGUCAUGGUUGAGCUAUGUCCAUCACGUAUACACAUUCUGAAGCUGGAUGAGAAGACGCUACUGGAGGAGGCCAAAAAUAUCAAUAUACCAAAGAUACGCGGUUUAAUACAGACCCACGGCUACAUCAACGGCGUCUUCUUCAUUCUGAUGCUCCAGAUGAGUGCUCAAAUCGCAAAGGAUCUGGGAAUGGCACCGGGCGGUGAAUUCCGGCGGGCCUUCGAGGAGAUACACAAGCUGCCUGGCUGCAUUCUGCAUCUGGGAGAUCGACCCAUUCGCAUCACGAUAUACCGAGCGCUGCGCGCUCUGUCCCUGUGGCAGACCAUGAAGCUCGUCUGGCGCCUAACAUUCACGGACAGCAUAAGCAUCGAGGAGGUGGAGGAAUGCAAGAAAAAGGAUUUGUUGGAGAAACUGAUGCAGGAGAUGGCUGGCGAGUUUCCUGCCUUCUCGGACGUAUUUGUUCGCGAGCGUGAUCUGUUCUUGUGCCAUUCCUUGCAGGUGGCUGCCCUACCACAAGCGGCUCCCGGAGGGUCUGGCGUCCGUCCCGUACGAGUUGUGGGAGUGGUGGGCAUCGGCCAUGCCAAUGGCAUUGCCAAGAUGUGGGGCAACGUAGACCCAGAAAAGAUACCCUCCAUUCUCGAAAUUCCGCCGGCCAGCCUCAGUCAGCGUGUUUGCAAGUUCACCUUGAAGUACGGCCUCAUUGGCCUGGGAUGCUAUGGCGUUAUCCGUUUUGCACGGCCCCGACUAACGCGUUUCUUUUAAACUGUGGCCCCAACUUCACUACGUUGUUAAAUAUUUGUGUUAUUGACUUCCAAAUCCCUGCGCAGAAUAUAUAAGCAUGUGUAUGACUCUUACUGAGAAUUAAUUGUAUUCCAUUGUAUUGUAUUGUAUUGUAUUGUACAAUGUUUUGAUAGAAAUCCCUUAUACACGAAAUACAACCACGGAUGUAUAUAUUUACAUACCUGCAGACACACACGACGACACACAUCUUCAGAAAUCUGAAAAUACUUGUACACAUAAUCCUAGUUUUAGAAACCAAUCCCCAUUUGCUAAGUAGUAUGAGGACUCGAAUUGCCCCAAAACUCAAGCCCCCACGAGUCCUACAUUGGUUUUUACCUUUGUUGUUGUCCUCCGGUUUGUUAAACAAAACACCUAAACUACAUAUACAAGAAACUAAGUUUUGCAUCGCAUUGUACGUUGUAUGUACAAGGUUUCCUAGCAGGGCUGGAUCUGGUGCCCCUUGUGUUAAGCUCAAGAAUACAAUUAAUCAUCCUUCAGCAUGCUUAAUGGUCUAUCUUCCACUUCAUACUCAUAGCUGUUGUUCACUCCUUAAUAGCAAAAACAGAUCAGACCAUAGAUAGUACAGUUCAUAAUUAAUAUAAACGUGAUGGAUCUUCCGAUGGCCGUGUGUUAUAAAAAUGAGAAAGAAAAGAGAAAGGAAUUUUACAAAAACCAAACCAACCGAAGCAUACCAACCUAAAUGUACUUUACUAACUAUAAUACUAUAUCUGAGCGUUGUAAACGUGUGAAAACUGUUUUAGAAAUACAAAAGACAAGGCAAAAACACAUCUAUUAUCUGCUUAGGUUAGCCAAUCAUAAAUGGUGUUAUGUAGCAUUUAGUAUAGAAUUUACCUCCUCCCCCCACCCGAAAAACCCGAAAAUCCCUUGUGUAUAACAGACUCAAAUAAAUGUAUUCCAGUCGAGAUGAAAUUAUUGAAA